AUUAUAUUAGAUUGGAACUAUUCAUCGAAUGGCAUUUUCAACUUCUUUUCGAGAAUGGUGCUACUGCUUGUAUGAAAAGGAAAAAAUUCAAGAAAAUAUGUGGUUUGACUGCCCCUGUUGCACCAUUUCUCAACAUAGUUGCCAUGUUGACGUAAUGUGCAAACUGUGGGGUUUCAUAAAACGUAAAGAACCUGGGUUAGCUUUGAAGACUAAACCUGCAUUGUCUGUUAUGCAUGCCAAGGGCCAUUCAUUAAACUGUCAGGUUCAGUGGGAUGGAGCAUGGACAGAUGGGACGGGAAAAUCAACUGGUGAGGAAACUGAACAAAUAUUCAGCUUCUUAUCGCGAUGUGGAAACUCUAACAAACAUCAACUUCCUGAAAGUUAGUAGUUAGUAUAAUGUUUACGUAAUCAAUUUCUAUGAAGGCUUCCUUUAAGUCAACUGUUCUUAAGAAAGAAUUUGUAUUUUUUUAUGCUCGCCGAAACUUAUAUCCUUUAAAACUGACGUUUCCAAAUUAUAGAUCGUGAAGAACAUAUCACAGAAAUGAUGGCUUCGUGGAAUAAGAACAAAAUCCGCGGUUUAGCUAAAGAUCUUGUUCGUAGAUAUAGAAAGGUAAAACAUGAACUUUUUGGUAAAUAUAAGAUAACUACGAUGUUCUGCCAACUGCAACCGCGUUGUUUGAAUCUUCUUACAACCACUUUCUUAAAAUUAUACAUUUGCAUAAAUACUAU